CGAGACGCUGGUUUGAAGCAGUACAUAACGCGUGUCUUGUGAUGAGCUCAACGCUCCUCUGACUGCGACAAGGAGAGACGACCAGCAGACUUCACUAAAGGUGUUGAGGUUUGGUGUCCUGUGUUUUGAGAGGUGCUGUGACAUCAUUAAGGGGUGCUGUGACAUCAUCAUCGGCCAUGGAGGGGAGGAGUGUUCUGAGGCGUGCCCAAUCUCUACGGAGUGUCUCUAUGGGUGACGGAGACAAGCCCACCUGGGCGGAGGCGGGGUUUAGGGACAGGAUGAAGUCCAUCUCCGUAUCUCAGAUGUUGACCAGAUACCAAGCCAGCCCUUCAGUAGAGGUCCCUACCCUGAACCAUGUGGAGCACAAGACUGAGCAGAUAACCAAGCAUCAGACCUCCUUCUCAACCGUCCGUGAGAAAACAAAGAGACAACUGGCAGAGAGCGCACAGGAGCGCAAGCUGGAGUCCCUGAUGAGAAACAACGGAGUGAGAGAGACGACCAGGAUCCAGCCCAGUGUGUCAGAAGUGAGAGAGAAGACCCGUGGGUCAACUAGCCUGUCAGGGGAGACGUCCCGGGGGUCGGCCAGCCUGUCAGGGGAGAAGUCCCAGAGGUCGACCAGUCUCUCCCGCAGUAAGUCCAUGUCCAGUCUCCCUGGCCCCUCUCCCAGAGUUGACCCGGCCGGGAGUAUCGGAGCCCUGAAAGCUCUCUUCGAGUCAAAGGUCACCAAGGAGAAGGUGAAGAGCAUCAUGGGAGCUGUAGGCCAAACACCAUCACGUCCCAAAAUGGCAGCUGCGGCCCCAGCCAUCAACGGGUUGGUGGAGGAGAGAAAGGGCCCUAUGGAGGAGAAAGCUGUACCUUCACCUGCAUCCCAGGCUAGAGAGGAGGUCACGACACAGGUUGGGAGAAUGACGCGCUCAGAGAGGAGAAAGACCAUCAGUGGUAUCAACCUGGAAAAUAUAUCUACAGCAUCUCAGGAUGAUGACAAGAGGAAGUCGAUCUCAGACCUCAGUGACGCCGGUUCCUCCUCCUUCAGCCCAGAGAGGGAGAAACCGUCCGCUUCUGUCUCUGUCAGAGCCAUAUCUGCUCUCUAUCUGUCCAAGGUAGCAGCUGCAGAGUCAACGGCUCAAGAUCAAUCCUCUCCAACCAAGAGAGGAGUGAAACCAUCCAAGUUCCUGCCAUGUAAACAGGACGUGUGUUCAUCCUGUCUGAAGCCAGUCUAUCCUAUGGAGAAAAUGAGCGCUGAUAAAUUCAUAUUUCACAAGAACUGUUUCUGCUGUAAACACUGUCAGAAGAAGCUCAGCAUGCACAGCUAUGCUCCGCUGUACGGGGAGUUCUACUGUGUAUUCCACUACCAGCAGCUGUUCAGGAGGAAAGGGAACUAUGACGAGGGCUUUGGCCACACCCAACACAAAGACCGCUGGCUGCAGAGAACCAAUGAGACGCCGGGGUCUAACAGCGCUGAUGUCAUAUAGAGCUCCCUGAUUGCUGACGCGGUGACCAUGACAACACUGAAUCACAGCAUCGUUGGAGUCACCUGGGUUAUGUACUCCAUGUACACAUUGUAUACACUGAGCCGCUUGACAGUAAUCAGCACCAGAGUCCACUUUAUGGACACAAUUACAGAGAAAUUAUAUGAUGUUUUAUUGCUGAGACAAGAUUUCUCCUGAUUCUGAUUUCAUUUUUUCUAUUUUAGCAAAAUGAUUCUGAUUUCAUCUUUUCCAUAUCAGCAAAAUAUUGGUAAUUUUGGUAUCUUAUUAGGACCCCCGUGUUGCGAAAGCAGCAGCUACUCUUCCUGGAGUCCAUACAGAACAUCACAUAAUACAGAACAUUAAUAGACAAGACCAGCUCAAGAACAGAACUACAUCAAUUAAAACAUUUGACACGUGGCCUCCAUAUGAAUACACACACAAACUAUCUGGGUCCAUUAGAGGAGAGGCGUUGUACCAAACUAUCUGGGUCCAUUAGAGGAGAGGCGUUGUACCAAACUAUCUGGGUCAAAUAGAGGAGAGGCGUUGUACCAAACUAUCUGGGUCAAAUAGAGGAGAGGCGUUGUACCAAACUAUCUGGGUCAAAUAGAGGAGAGGCGUUGUACCAAACUAUCUGGGUCCAUUAGAGGAGAGGCGUUGUACCAAACUAUCUGGGUCCAAUAGAGGAGAGGCGUUGUACCAAACUAUCUGGGUCCAUUAGAGGAGAGGCGUUGUACCAAACUAUCUGGGUCCAAUAGAGGAGAGGCGUUGUACCAAACUAUCUGGGUCCAAUAGAGGAGAGGAGUUGUGAGGUGUUGCUUUAUCUGUUUUUUGAAACCAGGUUUGCUGUUUAUUUGAGCAAUAUGAGAUAGAAGGAAGUUCCAUACAAUAAGUUCUCUAUAUAAUACUGUACGCUUUCUUGAAUUUGUUCUGGAUUUGGGGACUGUGAAAAGACCCCUGGUGGCAUGUCUGGUGGGAUAGGUACGUGUCAUUGCUGUGUGGAAGUUGACUAUGCAAACAAUUUUCCACACAAAAUGUUUCUUGUAAAAACAAGUGAUGCAGUCAGUCUCUCCUCAACUCUGAGCCAAGAGAGACUGGCAGCAUAGUAUUUAUAUCAGCCCUCUGAUCACAAUGAAGAGCAGAACGUGCCGCUCUGUUCUGGGCCACCUGCAGCUUAACUAGGUCUUUCUUAGCAACACUGGACCACACGACUGGACAAUAAUCAAGAUUAGACUAAACUAGAGCCUGCAGGACUUGCUUUGUGGAGCGCUCUGUCAAAAAAGCAGAGCAUAUCUUUGUUAGACAGAUCUCUCCCCAUCUUUACAACCAUUGAAUCUAUGCGUUUUGACCAUGACAGUUGACAUUCUAAGGUAACACCAAGUAAUUUAGUCUCCUCAACUUGUUCAACAGCCACACCAUUCAUUACCAGAUUCAGCUGAGGUCUAGAACUUAAGGAAUGAUUUGUACCAUAUACAAUGCUCUUAGUUUUAGAGAUGUUCAGGUCCAGUUUAUUACUGGCCACCCAUUCCAAAACAGACUGCAACUCUCUGUUAAGGGUUUCAGUGACUUCAUUAGCUGUGGUUGCUGAUGUGUAUAUGGUUGAAUCAUUAGCAUACGUGGACACACAUGCUUUGUUUAAUGCCAGUGGCAGGUCAUUGGUAAAAAUUUAAAAGUGUAGAGGUCCUAGAAAGCUGCCCUGCGGUACACCACACAUUUUAUGUUUGACAUGAGAGAAACUUCCAUUAAAGAAAACCACCUGAGUUCUAUUAAAUAGAUAGCUCUGACACCACAAUAUGGCAGAGGUUGAAAAGCCAUAACACAUACAUUUUCUCAACAACAGGUUUUAGUCAAUAAUGUCAAAUGGCUGUACUGAAAUCUAACAGUACAGCUCCCACAAUCUUCUUAUCAACUUCCUUCAACCAAUCAUCAGUCAUUAGUGUCAAUGCAGUACAUGUCGAGUUCCCUUCUCUAUAAAUCCUGUUGAGACUAUGGGUUCCCCUACAGGAACUCCACCCCCCCCUUCAGCUGAAACGGUGGCGCAGGGAAUGCAAAAAUAUUCUUAGAAAUAUUUAACCUCCACACAUUAACAAGUCCAAUACCUCAAAUGAAAGAUAAACACCUUGUUCAUCUACCCAGUGUGUCAGAUUUUUUAAAAUGUUUUACGGCGAAAACAUAGCACAUAUUUAUGUUAGACCACCACCAAAACAAAGACAAAAGGCAGCCAUUUUGUACCACAAAUGAUAAAAUGACAAAAAGCAGGAUAAAAAAAAAUCUUUCACUAACCUCUUGAAAAUCUUCAUCAGAUGACAGUCAUAUGACAUGUUACACAGUACAUUUGUUUUGUUCGAUAAUAUGCAUUUUAUAUCCAUAAAUCUCAGUUUACAUUGACGCCAUGUUCAGAAAAUACAUAUAAUACAUAUAAUUUGUUUUUAACUUUACGGAAAAAGCUUACCAUGCAAUAAUCUGAGAUGGCGCUCAGACGUAACAAUAUUUCUCCGCUAUUUUGGAGUCAACAGAAAUAAAAAAUUACAACAUAAAUAUUCCCUUACCUUUGAUGGUCUUCGAUCAGAAUGUACUGCAAGGAGUCCUACUUCAACAAUAAAUCAUUUUGUUUCAUAAUGUUCAAUUCUAGUGUCCAUGUAGCAGCAUCUGCUACAACUUUCAGCUCAAAUGCCCCAAAAAAUACUUCUGGUCCAGGAUAACUUUGCAUCAAAACUUCCAAAUUACAUAUUACAGGUCGACGAAACUGGUCAAACUAAGUGCAGAAUCAAUCUUCAGGAUAUUAUAAACGUACAAAACGAAUGGCAUUCCCACCGGACAAUCUUAGUUCAUCUGGAGCUGACUGGAACAGACAAAGCAGUCUAACGCAUAUGCGCCCUCAAGGACGUGAAUCUUUUGCGACACUGUAGCAAAUUCCUCCCCAUUAGGUCAAAGUUCACAGCAAAUGCUUGAUUACACUUUCUACUGAAUGAGGACAUCUAGUGGAAGACAUAGGAAGUGUUUCCAGAUCCAUAACUUGUUGGGAUGACGUCAAAGUUGCCCCAACUUUCAAGAUUCCAAAACUAGUUUGGAAGAUUGCCUGCCCUGUGAGUUCUGUUAUACUCACAGACAUAAUUCAAAUGGUUUUAGAAGCUUCAGAGUGUUUUCUAUCCAACAAUAAUAAUAAUAUGCAUAUAUUAGCAAUUUAGGACAGAUUUUGAUGCAGUUCACUAUGGGCACGCAAUUCAUCUAAAGGGGAAAUACUGCCCCCUAUCCUUAAGAAGUACAUGUCGAGUUCCCUUCUCUGAAAGUCUGCUGUUCAUUUCUUUACAGAGAAAUAGCAUUGUAUUUGCUGUAAGACCAUUUUUUCCAAUAGUUUGCUAAGAGCUUAUAGGCCUGCUGUUAGAACUAGUAACCAAUCACUUUGGCUUCCCUCCAGGCCUGAGGACAAAGACGUUCCUCUCAUCUCAGAUAAAAAAUAUGACAGACAGGAGUGGCUAUAGAGUAAGCUACCAUCCCCAGUAGGAGUGGCUAUAGAGUUAGCUACCAUCCCCAGUAGGAGUGGCUAUAGAGUUAGCUACCAUCCCCAGUAGCUUUCCAUCAAAGUUGUCAAUGCCAGGAGGUUUUCCGUUAUUGAUCGUUAACAAUCAUUUUUCCACCUCUCCCACACUAACUUUACAAAAUACAAACUUGCAAUGGUUUUCUUUCAUUUUUUUUAUUUUUAUGCAUGAAUAUGAUGGCUCACUGUUUGUUGUUGGAAUUUCCUGCCUAAGUUUGACCACUUUGACAAUGAAGUAAUCAUUAAAAUAAUUGGCAACUUCAAAUGGUUUUGUGAUGAAUAAGCCGUCUGAUUGGAUGAAAGUUGAAUUUGUCUUUCUGCCCAUAAUUUCAUUGACAGUUUUUUCCCCAUCAUUCUUUAUUGAUUUUGGAGUUGGAAUGGAAAUGAAGCGGUGAUUUAUGAAAAACAACAUGCUGGUGUUGUAACUUUUAUUUCUCUUUUUAUUUAGAAAUGUUCACCGAUAUCAAAAUGUUUUUUUUGUGAUGUAAAUAAUGCAUCAUUUCAUAAUUCAAUUCAUAUUAUUUUUCUUCAAACUGUCUCUCAAACGAUGAAGUUUGACAUCUGAAUAACAACCUAUUAGCUUUGUUGUUCAUGUACACCACAGAUACACUAAUUAUGUGGACACCCCUUCAAAUUAGUGUAUUCAGUUAUUUCAGCCACACCCAUUGCUGAAUAAAACCUAGUACAAACCCAUGCAAUCUCCAUAGACAAACAGUGGCAUAGGAUGCCCUUACUGAAGAGCUCAGUGACUUUCAACUUGGCACCGUCAUAGGAUGCCACCUUUCAAACAAGUCAGUUUGUCAAAUGUCUGCCAAAUUUCUACUUCCAGAUCAACUGUAAUGUCAAUAUCAUUGUAAUAGCCAAUUUCUCCCCUUUCCAACUAAAUAAAUGACAUGACCUAAA